AUGCGUAUGGGCCCUCGGUGUCGCAAGUUGGCCCAUGCCGUGCUUGUGUUUAGUCUGAGCCUUCCAGCCUUCGCCAGCGUGGCGAGGGCGAUGCCCAAGCGCCCGAUGCCGCAAGCCAUCGUCUUCGUCACCGGAAAUGCGAAGAAGCUGGAAGAGGUGAAGCACAUCUUGUCCUCGGGAGCGGAGGAGCUUCCCUUCGAGGUCACAUCGCAGAAGGUCGACUUGCCCGAGCUGCAGGGAUCGAGCACGCAGGAGAAAGCGGGUGGAGUGGUCAGGGUGGUCAGGGUGCAGAAAUGUGCAAAGGCUGUUUAUUCUGAUGUUGCCCUGGCGGGCAAUCGUCUCGGCAAGUGCCAGGAAAUCGCCGUGGCAAAAUGCCGUCUAGCUGCGGUCGCUCGGCACACUUGUGCCGAUCCGGCAUCCGUGUCAGAGAGCUGUGUAUCGGCGGUCCAAGCCCAAGCCCAGGAGCACGUGAAAGGGCCCGUCAUGUGCGAGGACACCUCGUUGUGCUACCAUGCACUCAAAGAUCUCCCAGGUCCAUACAUCAAGUGGUUCCUGGAGAAGUUGGGCCAUGAAGGGCUUAACAAGCUGCUUGCCGGCUACGAGGACAAAUCGGCCUAUGCGCAAUGCCUCUUCACGCUCUGCGCUGGGCCCGGCAAGGAGGUGCGCGUCUUCGACGGCCGCACAGAGGGCAAGAUCGUGGAGGACUUUGGUUGGGAUCCGGUCUUCGAGCCCUUGGAAGGCGAGGGAAAGACCUUCGCCGAGAUGGCGAAGGAUGCCAAGAACGCAAUCUCCCAUCGUGGCCGAGCAUUGCAGCAGCUGCGGACCUGGCUGAUUGCCAAUGCCGCGACCUGGCGCCAAGAGCUCCAAUUGCAAUGCCUGCUGUACGCUCUAGGGCCUUUAGGGUUUCCGGAUUAG